AUGGAUGAAACUGCAGCAGGACAGCCUCCUCAAUCUGAGGGCGACAUGACUUCGUAUGGUGCCCCUGCCGACAUCGCUCUGCCAGAACCAGCAGACGCCGCGUCACCAUCCGCUAAGCGCAAAAUUACCGAACUUGAUGGCUCGGCAGAAAACAACGGCAGCAAGCGAAGGAAGGGCACAGCGCCGGUCAAAGAAGAGUUUCUAGUCAAGGCCGACGACUUGAUCGAGUCGAAACCCGCACGUGACGAAGCCGACGACGAUGCCGCAGAAGCCUUUCAUCACCAAGACAGACAGCUGAAAAGCCAGAACAGCAAAGGCAAACGCCGUGAGAAGAAGUCAGGUCAAAACAAGGCUCGUGACUUUGGAAGUUCAAGGGACGAGGUAGGCUUGUGUUCCACCCGUGUUCACAGACCUGAGUUCUCCCCCGAUUCCUGUCCGUUCGGGGACAGUUGUCGCUUCGAGCAUGAUCUACGGAAAUACCUGAGCCAGUACAAGCGGGAAGACCUGUCUACAUUCCACGGCGUUUGUCCUGUUUGGGAGGUCAAGGGAAGAUGCCCGGCCGGGUGGAAAUGUCGCUUCAUCGGUUCGCAUUCUACCGAAGUCGAACACGGUGAUGGUCGGAAGGAAUUGGUCCUGGUCCACAAUGCCGAUCAAAUGGUGAAAUAUGCUCAGACUUCGUCGGAGGAGGAAGAGGUGGGCGUCGCGAACAUCCUAACGUCGCAGCAGAGGAUUCAGCUCACCAAGAGGAAGGUGCCGACACCUAGAUCAGACGAAUUUCUCAGCUGGCUCGACGAGCGAGCUCAAAAUCCAGCGGACCAAGGUCGAAACCGCCGACCAGGAAAGGGCUCACGCAGGCCCGAAUCUUUACGCAAUUCCUCCUCUCCUGAACCGGAGACUCUCCAGGAUGAAAUGGAUGGAAACGCUGCGCAGGAUUCAAGAGCUACAUUUCUGGAAGCUCCCCUGCGGCCAUCAGAGAAGCGUCGCUUAUACUUUGGCCCGGAGACGCCAAUUCUCGCUCCGCUAACGACACAAGGCAAUUUACCGUAUCGGCGCCUGUGCACUUCGCUUGGGGCAACGUUCACCUACUCCGAGAUGGCCAUGUCACUUCCUCUUCUGCAAGGUCAUAAAUCUGAGUGGGCCCUCAUGAAAGCUCAUGAGUCGGACGUCCAACCACCGACCUUUACGAUCAAAAGCCGGGAAAAUAUUGUCUUCGACUAUGACCAAACGAAAGAUCUCUGUUUCGGGGCCCAAAUUGCCGCAAACAAGCCUUGGCUGGCAGUCAAAGCAACCGAAGUCCUUACGACUCUCUUGCCAAAGGGUUUGCGCGUGGUUGACCUCAAUGUUGGUUGCCCUAUCGAUCUGGUCUACCGGGAGGGUGCCGGUUCGGCAUUGAUGGACUCGCCGCCCAAGCUCGAAAAGAUGCUACGAGGAAUGAACAUGGUAUCGGGGGAGACACCUGUCACAGUGAAGAUCCGCACGGGCACAAAGGAUAAGCAGCCAACCGCCCAGAAACUCGUUGACCGACUCGUCCUUGGUAGUGGGAAUGGUGAUUCUUGUGGUGUCGCUGCCAUUACGCUCCACGGACGCUCGAGACAACAGAGAUACACUCGUUCCGCAGACUGGGAGUACAUCACCGACACGGCUUCGUUGAUCAAAGCGCUCAACGCAAAGGCCGAUGCUAUGGCCGACACUAUCCACGAGCCCGAGGAGCGGGAUCAGCCCAAUGGGCACAAAGGUUCAAAGAACGGGAAAGUCUUCUUCAUUGGAAAUGGCGAUGUCUUUUCUCAUGAGCAUUACUACGACCAUAUCCAGCACGCCGGGGUGGAUGGGGUGAUGGCAGCGCGUGGAGCGCUCAUUAAACCGUGGCUAUUCGAGGAGAUUGCAGCAGGGCAAUACCUAGACAAAUCGUCUUCAGAGCGGCUACAGAUCGUUGAGCGGUUCGUCAGAUACGGCUUGGAGGCGUGGGGCAGUGAUGAAUGGGGUGUAGGACAGACGCGACGGUUCUUGCUGGAGUGGCUCAGCUUUGCCUGUCGAUAUGUGCCGAUCGGCCUCCUGGAGUAUCUGCCGCCCAAUAUUCAGGAUCGACCGCCACGGUUCCGAGGUCGGGAUGAGCUCGAGACAUUGAUGGCAAGCGACAACUACAAGGACUGGAUCAAGAUCAGUGAGAUGUUCCUGGGACCAGCGCACAGAGACUUUCGAUUUGAGCCCAAGCACAAGUCCAAUAGCUACGAGAUCCAAGCCGAGGGCUGA